AUAUUGUUUGCGCCGUCAUUUCUCAGUACUUUAAAAUUCUUGAUAUUUGACAUUGUCCAUGGUCGCAAAGCCGCCUGCAAGCCAACUUGUUUGAACCGAAUAUAUAUUGAAAUUCGAAUUUUCGGGGUUGAAACGACGAAAUUUUCAAAUUUAAAGCACAUCUUGUGAAAGCAAAUAAGUCUAAAGACGUGGAAGGUUUUUGAAUAAAUGGCGCCACUUCUUCACGCGCGAAAGCUCCACGCGUCGCUGCUCAAGUCCGGCGGCGUGAGCCACCAAGGUCAUGGCGGCGACACCUACCGCUGGAACCUCCUCCUCCGCGCCUACACCCGCGGCGGCGGCCUCGCCGACGCGCGCGCGCUCCUGGACCUCAUGCCUUCGCCGACCCUCGUCUCCUACAACACCCUGCUCUCCGGCUACGCCGCUUCCUCCGGCCUCCUCGAAGCCGCGCUCCACCUGCUCGACGCUAUGCCCGAGAGGGACGCCUGGUCCUGGAACGUCGCCAUAUCCGGCCUCGCCCGCGCCGGCCGCCUGACUGACGCGCUGCGGAGGUUCCUGGAGAUGACGCGCGGCCCCGUGCAGCCCGACGCGUUCACCUACUCCAUCGUCUCCCCGUGCUGCUGCGGCGGCGCCGGCGGUGGCCUGGAGUCCGCAUGGCAGGUCCACGCGCGGGCUCUCAAGGCCGGGGCGUUCGCCGACGCCUGCGUCGGCACCGGCUUCGUCAGGCUGUAUUCCGGGCUGGGGCUGAUUGGUGACGCGCGGAAGGUGUUCGAGGGUAUGCCGGAGAGAGAUUUGGUGGCGUGGAAUGUUCUGCUGGAUUGCGGCAUGAGAUCCGGGGAGGCAGGAUCGUGUCUGCAGGAUCUUGUUUUGAUGAUCGGCGGCAGGGUCCAGCCUGAUGAGUUCACCUUUGCCACCGUCGUCAAUGGUCUGGCCGAGCGGUUCGCCGGUCUCGAGGCGAUGCAGGUACACUCGGUGAUUCUCAAGUCCGGGCAUCUUAAGGAUCUCUUCCUCUGCAAUUCCUUGCUGAAUGUGUAUGGGAGAUGUGGUUACGUCGACUUGGCUAAGAAACUGUUCGAGGCCAUGCCGGAGAAGGACGUAGUGUCGUGGACUGCUUUGAUCUCAGGGCUUGUGGCCAGCGGUCACCAGGCCGACGCCUUCAAAACGUUCUGUCGGAUGCAGGGAGCUGCGACGGUGCCCAAUUCCUUCACCUUUGGCAGCGUCGUGAGCUCGUGUGCCUGUGUGAAUGACCUGGGGGGUGGAAGGCAGUGUCAUGCUCUUGUCAUCAAGCAUGGGCUGGAGUCUAUUCCCACAGUGGCCAGCUCUUUGCUUGACAUGUACUCAAAGUGUGCAGAGAUGGAUGAUGCCACACGAAUGUUCGACGCCAUGCCACGGAGAGACAUCGUAUCUUGGAAUGCGAUGAUAUGCGGGUUGGCUCAGAACGGUCGAUCGGCGAGAGCCCUGGAGCUGUAUGAUGAAAUGUUGCGACUUCAUCAAGAAUCAAUCACCCCAAACUCAGUGACCUGUGUGGGUGUCCUGAGUGCGUGCAGCCAUGUCGGUGCUGUUGAGAAAGGUUGCAUCUACUUUACUCAGAUGGUCAACGAUUUCCACAUCGAGCCAGUUCCGGAGCACUACAGUUGCCUUGUUGAUCUAUUUGCACGAGCCGGAUUGUUAGAUGAAGCAGAGGGGAUCAUUUCAAACUCGCCUUUCAAACACGAUGCUAUCAUCCUGGGGACCUUGCUUAAUGGUUGCAGAAAGUAUGGUAACCUUGACAUGGCCAAGCGCAUUGCUAAGAGGAUUCUUGUGGAUGAUUCGGAUAAUGCAUCAACCAUUUUUCUACUGUCAAACAUGUUCAUUGCAAACGAAGAAUGGAACGAUGCGUCAGAGCUGAGAAAAGCUGUGAUUUCAAGCGGAACUCGUAAAUUCGUAGGGAAUAGCUGGAUUGAUGUUGGUGGUAAUGUCCAUUGUUUCCGAGCGGGUUCUAGUCCAGAUCCACAGUUGGAAUCGAUAUAUGAUGUUCUGCGACAACUUCAGUUGACGAUGGUAGAUGCUGACAGGCCGAUCUAGGAUAACGACUCCUUAUCUUAGCCGUGAGUAAUGACACUGCUAUGUUUUAUUUGUAUAAGUUCCACAUUCAUCAAUUUCGGUACUAUGUGCCGCUUAGGUUGAUUUGCAUACUCACCCAAGUACAGCUUCAUAUGACCACUUUAGAUAGUUUCUUUUGGUUAACUGAAUACAAACCUACUAGUAUGUCAGUUGAGAAUAGUAGUGCACCACAGUGCCAAAUCAUGUGUUCAUCUGAAAUCUUUCACAGUUGCUCAGAGAUGAUCUUUGUUGCAAAUA